AAUAUACUUUAAUGCAUCUGUAAAUGCAUAAACAAAGAAGAAAAAGAAAAGAAAAGAAAUUGCUUAGAUGAAACCCAUUUUAUGAAGAUUGGGAUGUGCAAAUCAAUGGGAAGAAGCAUUUUGUUCGUUGUGUUGUUGUCCUUUUUGUUGUUGCUGUUUACAGUCCACAUUGUGUAUGAUUUGCGUGAUCCAUUAUCUGGAAUUGGGAGCAGCUUCAAUUCCACCCCUCUCUUCUUCGGAUUCAAUCUCACAUUCCACACCCACCACCACUUCCUUCAUCCUUUUCAAGCCCGUCUCACCAGGAAAUUUGUUAUAUCUGCAGAGACAGAACCUGUAAAUUCAUUUCCUCGAAGUUUAAAUAUGAGAAACGAUUGUUAUAUUGAAGGACCAUUAAUAGAGGAGUUCACAUUUCCUGCAAAUUCUACUCCCUUCAAUAGCUGUCAUGCUUCUACAAUUGUUGAGGUCAAGAAAGAUCUCUUUUUGGUUGCUUAUUUUGGGGGUGCGUUAGAGGGAGCACCUGAUGUGAAAAUUUGGUUGCAGCGCUACGAGAAUGGCUGUUGGCAGUCACCCAUUGUUGUUGAUGAAGAACCAGAUGUUCCAAUGUGGAACCCUGUGUUAUUUAAACUUCCAUCAGACGAGCUGCUGCUCUUCUAUAAGAUAGGUCAAGAGGUUCAAAAAUGGAGCGGAUGCAUGAAGCGGUCAUAUGAUAAAGGUAUUACUUGGACAGAAAGAGAACAACUUCCUCCUGGCAUAUUAGGUCCAAUAAAGAAUAAGCCUAUCUUGCUGGAAAAUGGGCUCUUGCUCUGUGGAUCCUCUGUCGAAAGUUGGAAUUCUUGGGGGGCAUGGGUGGAGAUUACAGCAGAUUCCGGUCGGUCAUGGAGAAAGCAUGGCCCAAUUUACGUACAAAAUGAAUCCCUCAGUGUGAUUCAACCAGUUCCUUAUCAGACUGCAAAAGGGACCUUGCGUGUUUUACUGCGAUCCUUUGAUAAUAUUGGUAGAGUUUGUAUGUCGGAAUCCCGCGAUGGUGGGCAGAAUUGGGAUGACGCAAUACCUACUGAACUCCCCAAUCCAAACUCAGGUAUUGAUGGGGUUAAAUUGAGAGAUGGCCGUUUCUUACUUGCUUAUAAUACAAUCUCAAGGGGUGUACUUAAAGUGGCACUCUCUGCGGAUGAUGGUGACUCAUGGCAUGAUGUUUUGACAUUGGAGGAGAAUUUGGAAAUGGAGUUCUCAUAUCCUGCUGUUAUCCAGGCUAGUGAUGGGUCUGUGCACAUCACCUACACAUAUAAUAGGACACAGAUUAAGCAUGUAGUCCUUAAAUGAAGCUGAUGCAAUGUCAAAUGGGCAAAGAGAACUAGAAGGUCUACUUCUCUCAUAAUGUAUUAUGCAGCUUAAUGUAUUGGUGGUUUACGAUUACAUCAGAGAUGCCACAGCUUCUGAGAUACAUGCUUAAAAUAUAUACAAAACACUGGACUGUAAUAUAUUUUGACGUAAGAAACCAUGUGAUUUAUUUGAACCAUUUCUCAAUUCAAUCUCAUCAUAACUAAGUCGGUA